GUGGGCGGGCAGAACGCCGGAAGUCGGCCCGAACUUUGAGGAGGGAAGGCGGGAGAAUGGAGCGGAGAGGGGGCGAAUGAGUGAGGCUCCGUAGGGGCGUGCGUGCGUGUGUGUGUGUAUGUGUGUGGCGCGACGUCGGUUGUCAGGGCGCCGUAAAGCCGGCUUAUUAUGGGAUGCGGCGGCGUCGGAAUGGCGCGAGGCGCGUGAUUUUGAACCGACACGGAGCCCUUGACGCCGGGCUCGGCUGGCUGUGGUGGCCCCGGCGGCCGGCCCCGCGAGCGAACGAACGAACGAACGAAGCAAGCGAGCCCCCAGGCUAGGCACGCACCGGCGGAAAACAGACGGGAAAAGCCCAAACAGGGAAGGAGCCCGCGAGGCCCCGGCAGAUUACCUGCCCUAUCAUUUUCCUUUUGGGAGGGAUCAGCCACCCCCUUAUGCCAGGUGCACAAAAAGGAGUGAAAAAAAGGAAAUCAAAAGAUUUGCUAGCUUCAGCACAUGGUGCUGCACGAUGAUGUUUUUGGAGGUGUACCGAUGUGAAGCAGCAGGAAUUUAAAAGAAAUUCAGUGGCUUCUGUUGAAACCUACCAUCAACAUCUGCAAAAUGGAGGUCGUGUCAGCAGAAGUGAACAGCUUGCUCCCCGAAGAGAUCAUGGACACAGGUAUAACAUUAGAGGAAGACGAGAACAUCGAAGCUGUAAUUGUGGGUGACCCUAUUCCUAUGGAAACAGAACUGGAGGGAAUAGCAAAUGUAAGCUCUGCUGAUGAUCAUACUACUACUGGCACACCAUCAGUCACUACGGAACCUGUCACAUUGUCCAGCAAUUGUGUUAGCCCCGUUACCGGCAAUUCUGCCUUCGUAAAAUCUGAUGCCGGUGUGACUGCACAACCUUCUUUUCAAAGCGGCCUCCAGAAGCUAGGCACCCAGACUCCCGUGUCUCUAUCAGGCAAUCAAAUUAUUCUUAACAAAGCAACGGACUUGAAAAUUGGUAAACAGGCCAUAAAGCAGGAAGGUCAAAAACUCAUAGUAACAACUCUGGGCAAGCCCGGACAACCGAUUGUCUUAGCGCUACCCCACAACCAGCUGUCACAGAAGACCACGCCGCAAUUACAAGCAAGUGACUCCAAGGUUCCAGCCCAGCAGUUCAAGGUGGUCACAAUUGGAGGAAGGUCAGAGGUGAAACCCGUCAUUGGUGUCUCUACUUUGACUCCAGGGUGCCAGCUGGUAAAUGCCGCAAACCAGUCAUCCGUACUGCAGACCCAGCAAUUAAAAGCAGUGCAGAUUGCUAAGAAAACCAGGACACCAACUUCAGCCCCAAUGAUAACGAAACUCAUCAUCACAAAACCAAUCAAUAGCAAAGCAGUUACAGGGCAGACAACUCAAGUAUCACCAGUCAUUGCAGGUAGAGUUCUUACACAGACUGCUCCGGGGACACCCCCCAAAACUGUAACUAUAUCAGAAAGUGGAGUUAUUGGGACAACUUUAAGUUCUACAAUACAGGAGGCAUCAAAUAAGAUAGCAAUUUCCCCUUUGAAAUCCCCAAAUAAGCAGCUAACGGUGGUGUCGGUCGCCUCGCAGCCUCCAAGCUCCCCACAGAAAACAGUCGGGGUUCCUCUAAACGUAGCACUGGGACAGCAGAUUCUCACAGUGCAGCAUUCAACACCCUCUUCCCCGGGAAAAGCUGUCGCUAACUGUACAACUGCUCAGGCUGUGAAAUCUGCAGUACAGACUCUCACUGUUGGGGGAGUGGGUACUUCUCAAUUUAAGACGAUAAUUCCUUUGGCAACGGCACCCAAUGUUCAGCAAAUUCAGGUACCUGGAAGCAAAUUCCAUUAUGUCCGGCUUGUAACCGCCACAACUGCCAGUAGUACAGCACAACCAGCCAAUCAGAAUCCCAGCACCAGCACUGCAACCCUGCAGCAAGCCAAACCGGUGGUGGUGAAUGCAACCCCUGUACGGAUGUCUGUUCCAAUUAUUCCAGCAACGCAGACAGUCAAACAAGUGGCCCCCAAACCAAUGAACACAACUUCGCAGAUAGUUACCACAAGCCAGCCACAACAGAGACUCAUUAUGCCUGCCACACCACUGCCACAAAUCCAACCCAACCUCACCAACCUUCCCCCUGGCACUGUCCUAGCCCCUGCCCAUGGCACAGGAAACGUGGGCUAUGCGUUUCUCCCAGCUCAGUAUGUCACACAGCUACAGCAGCCAUCUUGUGUCUCCAUAGCGAGCAGUACUAGUCUUAGUGGGACAUCAAGUAUCCAGACCCAAGCCCGGCUUCCAUUCAAUGGAAUAAUCUCGUCUGAAUCUGCAAAUCGUCCAAGAAAACCCUGCAAUUGUACAAAAUCACUGUGUCUUAAGCUAUAUUGUGAUUGCUUUGCAAAUGGAGAGUUCUGUAACAAUUGCAACUGUACAAAUUGCUAUAACAACCUGGACCAUGAAAACGAUAGGCAAAAAGCAAUCAAGGCCUGCCUGGACAGAAAUCCUGAAGCCUUUAAACCUAAAAUAGGGAAGGGAAAGGAAGGCGAGUCGGACAGGCGACACAGCAAAGGUUGUAACUGCAAAAGGUCUGGGUGCCUCAAAAAUUAUUGCGAGUGCUAUGAGGCAAAGAUCAUGUGCUCUUCAAUUUGCAAAUGUAUUGGCUGCAAGAAUUUUGAAGAAAGCCCAGAACGGAAAACGCUGAUGCACUUGGCCGAUGCUGCUGAAGUACGAGUCCAGCAGCAGACAGCCGCCAAGACAAAAUUGUCUUCGCAGAUUUCAGAUCUUUUAACCAGGCCAGCCCCAGUGCUGACAAGCGGAGGGGGAAGGUUGCCCUUCACGUUUGUAACAAAAGAGGUUGCUGAUGCGACAUGUGACUGUUUACUUGCACAGGCUGAACAGGCCGAGAAAGCAGGAAAAUCAAAAGCAGUAGCGGAACGGAUGAUUCUAGAGGAAUUUGGACGUUGUCUAAUGAGAAUCAUUAACUCGGCAGGAAAGUCCAAAAGUGAUCCUUGUGCCAUGAACUGCUGAUUCUUUAAAAAAAAAAAAAAACUGGCUUUGCUCAGACUGGGACACUAAAAGGCACACGGACACUUUCCUGGUUCACAGCAGCAUUCUUCAUUUGUUCACCGGUGCUGUGAAGUUUCCAUUGGUGUACGUUAAUAUAGGAACUUUGCAAUGAGGCUUUUACCCUUUUAACUUAACUUUCUUUUCCUUCACAGAUAGAAGAUGCAUUUUAUUCUCAACCUCUAAACAACAUGGGACAGCGAGUGCAAAGUUUAGAUGGUUUCCUUCCCUUUGUUCUCUUUAAAAGGGUAUUCUAGAAGCAAUUCUUUAACUUUUGUAUUUAGAAGAAGAAAGAAAGAAACUAGUCAGUCUAUCAAGAGCAAAUCAGUUUUUGUGCAAAACUAAUUGAAAUGUCUGGAUAUUCUUAUAAGAACAAUAUCAGUAUACUGGAUAGAUUUUUUUCCCCAGCCAUUUAAAUCAGCAUCACAGCACAGAUUAUAUUUGCCAAAAUAUAGGCAGUGGUACAUCUGUGGGGAGUUAAUGCUGACUGGAAAUUAUUAAAAAAUAAAUAUUUGCUGGAAAACAACUUUAAAAAAUGCAAAUUUAAAAGUUAUCUUAUUGACCACAAUCUAAUUUCAGUGACAGUGCCUUGUCUGUUGAUCUUAAAAUAUUAACACCCUAGCAGUAAUAGCUGCAGAUAUAUAACAUUGAUAGGGGAAAAAAAUCAAGGUCAUAAUUGAUAUCUUAAUCAUUUUGGUAUGUUUUUAAAAAUACAUCACUGUAAAAUAUAUAUUCCAAAUUUUAAUAUGACAUUUUCAUGUCUGGCUUUUGAGGGGAUCAACAUUUUAUUUGACAAACGUCAGUGUAAUUAGAUUUUUAACAUUUCUGCUAUAUGCCCUAUGACAAAAUGAGGACAAACCUGUUCCUUGUUUGUUUAGAAUGUAACUAUCCGGUCAACUAUUGAGUUUCCCAGUUUCUCCUUCAAAUACUUCAGUAGAUUAAUAAAAAAAGAUCUUAAUUAAUUUAAUCUUAAUUUAUAUUUGUAGUCUCUAAGCUUUAUUCAUACUCAACGGCAGGAAUAAAUUGAUGAUCAUGCCCAUAUUUGUUAGUGGAAGCAAUACUGGGGAUAUUUCUAAACUAAGGAACACUUGGUAAUAUUUCUCCUUUAAUUAUAAAGGGGUGACCAAGAUAAUCCUUAGACUUCUACAAAUCUGGGUUAAUUCCCAAAGUCUGGACUUCAAUUUACAAAAUUCCCCAUCCCUGAGGAUUCCAGAAGCCCGUUAUGUCUGGAAGUGCUAAAAUUAGAGGCUACCUUCAGUUGUGUAAAAUGGCCGAUGUUCUUACUAUACUGUCUGAGUUUCCGGAAGAAGCUAUUCUUUUGGGUCUCUUGUGUUUCUCAAAUCUUUUUGCCUCCAUUCCAGAUUACGCAUUGGUGAAAUUGCUUUUGAAAAGAUAUUUUUAAAUGGAAAGGGAAGAAGUCAGUACCCUAAUAUGGUCCUCAUCCAUUGUCAGUGAAUUGCUUAGACAUAGCUCAUUUACUGCCUUUAUAAGAAUUGCAUGAGUUUUGUUUUAAAUUGCGCAUGGCCCAGUGUGGAGGGUGCAUCUUUUGAAGGCUGAGGUGUCUUUUUUUAAAACAAAAUCUGUAUGAUUGUCAUUUACAGAGUUCAGUAGGAUGAACAAGUUGGCACUCUGUAAUAAUGAUAAACUUUGUGCUCCCUUACGUCCGUGAGCAUUCAUGCAUCAACUUCAGUCUGUCGGGUUAUGGUUGAAGUGGAUAAGAGAGGGAGGGGGAGUUAUUACUGAGGUAGUGAAACUUUUUUUCUUCAGCCGAGGGCAAGCAUUAGUCCCAGUAAGUAUUCAGCCAAGAUGUUCUUUUAGCAGUGUUAAACCAAUUUCAAGCUGUGUGCAUUCUUUUUGUUAUUCAAUCGGCUUAGUUUAUAUUUUAAAAGUAUAUUUUAGAAGCAUAGUCUUAGGACAAAAACCUAAAAGAUUUCCUUGGGAAAGAGAGAAAAGAGUGGAAUAACAUUAUUUGGAUGCUUAGGGAGAGAGAACCUUUGCGAUAAAAAAAAACCCGAUUAAAAUGCGAAACACAACUGCAUGGUUUUGUAGUGAAGAAAUUGUUCGAUGAGUUUAUGAGUAUCUAAGUUCCAUGUUUGAAUUAGCAAGCACCUGCUAGAUAAUGUAGCCUGCUCUGUAAUUAUAGUGCUGCAAUUUUUUUUUCUCAAAAUGGAUGUUUUCUCCAUGUAAUUGUGGGUGUGUGUAUAGAUAUAUGUACACACGCAAACACACAUUCUAUUGUAUUACGAUAUGUAUGUACAUAGCAAACUUGCUUAAAUUACAUACAACCCUGAAAGGGAAGCUGUUUAUUUCAAUAUAAUUCUUUUACAAAUAGAAUUAUUUUUGGGCGGGCAAGAGUUUGUUAAUUUUCUGAGUAGAUGAGGACUUGCCUUUUUACUAAUUUCAUAAAUCUCCAUACAAUAAGAUUUGUAUAAAUGUAAACUAGUGUAAGUGAGUAAAGCUCGAUCAAGUUAUUUUUCAAACAUGCAUUGCUUUGUCUAGAAUUACAUUCGUUUUAUGUUGUACAUAUUCUGUGUCUUAUUUUAACUUGCACCUUUUUUUGUGAUGUGUAUUUAUAAGUGUGCAGAAAACCUUCUGUGAAGUUUGGAUUCUGGUUGUAGAUUAUGUAUAAUGGAAUUGUGUGUAAAAGAUUUGAAGAAGGUGCAAUCAAAGAAAACUAGUUUUUUGUCUCAAAGAACAAGCUGCCUCUUCUACAUAGCUUGGCUCUUCUCCCCUUUGAGUUUUUCUUGAUUGUUUGCAUGAAAGUGCUCACGGGUUAGUAAAAUAUACCAAGAUCUUGAUAGCAGCUUAUCAAAAUUAUGCCUGCAUUGUGAUCCUCUCUGUCAGCUGAGAUUCUGCAGUGUUUCUUUCAAAGCCCCUAUAACAAUAAUUAGGAGCUGCUUAGCCAGAAUGCUUUUAUAUUGCAUCCCCUUAUUAGCAGAUUUUGAGAUGGGGGAGGGUAUUUGGGAAAAUUUUCUAGUUAUGGUUUACAUCCAGAAAUAGAUAAAAAUUUAUAUUAUUAGACCUAUUAAAAGAAUACACUUUUCUAUAUUGUAAAAACAAAUGUCAGAUAAAGAAAAAAAUAAAAUGUUUAUACUAUUAUGUA